ACAGAAGGGCGAAUCCGCGAUUGAGUCACACGCGUGCCGUCCUGUCUGGUAAGCCUGUAAAUUUCCUUUAAUUUAAAUCAAACGAUAUUAUCCUUCUACGUUAUUUUCGCACGUUGGGAUUCGUAUGCUGACGGUCAGGCUGAACGUAUCGUGUCGCAGAAAUAGUAUCGGGCGCAUAGCAGAGGGCGCCUUUUUUUCCUUCAAGGAUUCUACGCAAGGAAUAUAAUGCGGUAAACUGUAGCGUGCUUCCCGGCAACAUAAUUUGCUUUCCCGCAUUGCGGUAGUGCCACUCGAUUAAUCCUAGCUUAUCCUUAUCGCGCCUUUCAAAAAAAUUUGUGAAUCUGUUACAUUUUCAGCAGCUUCGCAGCAUGAACGUUUUAAAGGAAUCACGAGAAUCUAUGCACUGUUGUACCGCUGCACCGUUACACUGCUACCCUUGUGCAUGGGAAAGUGCAUAAGCGCUCUACUGGCACGCAUCACGUAUCGUAUUGCGAAGUGGUUGAUUAGGACUGAUAGGGGUUGUUUGGGAGUACACUGUACAUACAUAAAAGUAUUGAUAAUGAGGGGAAAAAAAUGAGAUAAUACUUUCUGUUCUACUUGCUAUAUAUUAUAAUUAGGCAACGUCAUCCUAAUUUAACAAAUAUUUCAUAGUAUCAUUGUGGAUCGAACUGAGAAUCAUUCUAUAGAAAAAGCAUGAUAACGGAAGAUCCUUUUUUGACUGAUAAUCGGUUUACAGUACUCUCCGUAAGAUGGCAGAAGAGCGCAUUUCUAGUUUCUAUUACCCAUGGAUGAUAAUAAUACGACAACGUUACAAUAUUCUGCUAACAGAUGGCACCGUUAUGCAUGUACCAUAGCAUUUUCAAAAGCAGGUUUCGAGUAUUAAUUUUCCCCAAGUACAUGUAUAAAGCAAUUGGAGAAAAAUACGGAAUAUCAAUAUUUUACAAAAAAAAGGUAUGUUGUGACAGGUUUAUAUAUAAUUGUUAGAAAAUUUAUUUUUCACGUUAUAUGUGGGCGACGCAAUAUUCUUUACUUUUAUAAUGCUUAUCUCUGAGCAACGUAAUUUUCAUAAAGUGUUAAACAGUUUACCAAAUUUAUACGUCAUUUUUUAAUUCAUAACAACACUAGAGAUUUAGGGGAAUUCCAGUUUCAGCUAAAUCCGCCGUCCAUAAGGUGAAUUUCGAAAAUUUAAAGUGUAGUCUUUACAUAUACACGAUAAGCCAGUCACGCGUUCACGAUUCCGAAAUGUAUACAAUCAGAGAUUAAGUAGUAGUAUAAUAUAGAUGCGAAUGGGCCAGACUAGGGCAGACGGUUGAGACCAGCCGAGACGCAUAGACGCAUAUAUGAUACGUUCGUGGCUAUAAUCCUCAUUCAAAUGACAGCACACGGGGAAGCCAUAUAUUCAUCCCACCCUGCUGGCGCUCCUGUACUAGUUGGAAGUUACGUUUCUCAUCCAGCCCUCUCUAACAGGGCUGAAACAACGUUCUAAUAAAAAGGUGCCAUGAUAAAGCUAGUACAAUUCGUUUUUUACUUUCGCGGGCCUUGUAACGAGAAGGCUUCGGGCAGAGAUUGGCGAUCGUCAUAACGCCUUAAGAUUAAACUGCCUUUUUUUCAAAUAAAGAGGAACUGUCGUAACUGUUGCGAAACUAAAAAGAGUAAUUACCUCCUUCUCAGUCGAUUGAUGAAUAAGAGUAUUACAACUUCUUUUUUAAUCUUCGAAGAUGUACCAACGUUCUGAAACUUUUAUUGAGCACGGUUUGAUCUUUUUUGAAUUUUGUUACGAUACAUUUUUCAGAGAAGGCAAAAGCUUAAUUGUACGUUUUAAUUUUUAAUUACAAUUUUGGCUUUUAGAGAAUUAUAAGAAAAAUGAAAUGAAAAAAUUACAAAAAACUCUUUAUUGAAUAUCAUAGCGUAUACUUGAUAUAAUGAAAUAAUUAAUGAAAUUACAUUGGCCGGCUUUUGAAAUUGUGAUACUAGUCGAACUACAUUGAUUAUAAUAUCUGUAUUAGCUAAGUUAGGAAUUAACUGUCGGGGCAUUGGAAUGUUAUAAAAAUUACAUCGUCAAUUAUGAAAAUCACAGUUUAUAAUAUAUAUUUUAAUAUCUACUUUUUUUUAUCUAGUUCUUAAACAUUAUCCACAUUAUUUGAAUAAAUAUAAUUUUUCUCUUAGCAUUAAAUAUUAACAAUUGGUAUGAAUUAAGGAGACUAAUAAGGGAUUAUUUCUUAGUCAAGAAAUUGAUCAUACGGGUACCAGGUACGUCAACUACGUCCCUGACUAUAAGCCUCUAACCGGGGGUGCUUGCCCUGCAGAUGAGCGUAACGUCUACGGUAGCCUAGCGAUUUAAAAGACAGUCGUUAGUGAACAGUGGCAGUCAGUCAAGAUAUAGUCUCCGAGACAAUCUUUGUGUCUCAUAGAAACAACCACAAGAUAAAAAGUGAAAUAGUCAGCAAAAGAAACACGUUCCAGUUUGUUGGUUAAAGAUGAAAAGAUUCUACGACAUCUGUGGUCGAUACGUUUUAACAGCUGAUUAUUAACAUAGUGAGCGUUAAAGAGAAACUCGGCAAGAUCUGUAAGAUAAUUAUUAAUCUAAUUAACAAGUUUAUACCUGAAGACAUUCACAGAAUUCAAAUUGAUAUACAACGGUUAAUCUGCGCUACGGUGUAAUAAACAGGAACUAACAGUGGCAUCCACAGUGCAGCAGACCCUGGCGCUGCUCAAGGAAUUUAAAUGUUCAUCACGAGAGGACAUGGGGCCCUUAGAGGCGUAUCGUUAUCUUAUAGAGGAGAUAUCAGAUCCAAGGGUGGCUGAUUGGCCAUUGAUGGCUAGUCCAUUUCCGGUGAUUCUUGUGCUGCUUCUAUAUUUAAUAUUCGUUCUUCACGUGGGUCCGAAUUUCAUGAAGAAUCGUGAACCCUAUUCCCUACACGGUCUUAUGAUCGGAUACAAUGUCUUCGUUGCGGCAGCUAGUGGAACUGUGUUCUACGGAUUACUCACUUCCGGAUUUACUACGAAUCUCUCUUGGGGAUGCGAGCCUGUCGAUUUUUCAUAUAAUCCAGAACCACUUAGUAUGGCCCGGUGGGUGUGGUGGAUAUUGCUCCUGAAGAUGCUUGAACUUGGAGACACGAUUAUCUUUGUCCUAAGGAAGAAAUACAAUCAAACAUCUUUUCUCCAUAUUUACCAUCACGCCACAACCGUUAGUCUUUCUUGGAUUGCUUGUAAAUAUGCUCCAGGUGGCAUGUGGACCUUCAUAAUGAUGCCCAAUUGUAUGGUGCAUGUUAUCAUGUAUACCUAUUAUCUACUGGCGUGUCUUGGUCCAGAAAUGCAGAAAAGAAUCAGCCCUUGGAAGCCAUACUUGACGAUGCUCCAGUUGAUCCAGUUUGUCGUGAUGGUGAUACACACGUCGCAGGCACUUAUGCCCUCUUGUGAACCAACCCGGAAGCCCCUGGCCUAUAUAUACAUGUUUCACGUGAUUGUGAUUUUCUACAUGUUCUGGGACUUCUACAAAAAAGCAUAUUUGAGUAAGAAGAGUGAGUAAGCAUUAGAAGCGAUGGGUGAGUUCUUGAAAUGGAUUAUUAAGAAAAGAAAAAAGAAAAAAGGAGAGUCAACAACGAAUGACUAGAGAAAAGAAAAGUUUCUUCGAACAUUUUAAAUUGUCGUAGGGACAUUGACGAUCUUUAUCGAUAGCAUAAUCGACAGCACUAACUCGAGAUGAUUCUCGGCCGGCAAGUCACGUGGGCUUGUAAUUUUGUACUUUCUUAACAGUAAAAUUCGUCUCCAACCGAUUCGGACGUGUCUCUCUUUUACCACAAUAUCGUCAUACUGGGCAAACUACAACGGAACCAUACCAUUACAAAUGGUGGCAGAGUCGGUCAAUUUGAAUAUUACAUACUCGAAUGAAUAAGAAAGCUGAGAAAUGAGAACUGGAAACGUAUUUCACGUUGAAAUACGUUGGAAUACAUUGGAAUACGUUAACCAGGAUAUCCGGAAUUCAAAUGAUUUUCGGACAAAUCUCAAUGAGAGAAAUGAUGGAUCGUGGAGAGGGGCCGGAAGGAGUACUUGUGUGUGUAAGAGGGGAAGCGAAAGCUCUGGCUCUAAAGCUUACAUAUGAAUACAUAUCAUAUAGUGGGCUUUUACGUUGGUACCAGUCUAGUAACAACUCCAGCUAUAUUCCACCUACAGAUACGUUGUUACCGUAUAGUAUAGUUGCGAAGGAAGUACCGUGUAGCCGGUAUAGUAGCUAUAUUAUAUAUAUAGUGGUAUCACUGGAUGGGAAUGUUUCUCUCAGGGAAAUUAGCAUAGGGGAUUAGUGUGUCCGUGGUUUUAAGUCGACACGCAUGGCCGAGCACCGAUAAGACUUUAUUAAAGCCGGGCUCGUAUGUAUCCAGAUCCCGUUUCCAAGGGAGUCCUUAUAUAACCUCCUGUGGAAGCUCACACGUCGAGGGAUAUAGUACAGUUUUAAUAAAUAUGGAGUAGCCUUACUGUGAUCCUUCCUAGCCGAUUCCUCGUAACAUUAUUCUGUAUCAUCUAAAAGAUAUUUAACCUGAUGACUCGUUUAUAUAUAAGAACGGAUAAGCAAUAGCAAUGUUAUACAAGGGUAAUUUCGCUAAUAAAAUUAUAAAGAACA